CCGUCAGUCACGCGGGCGGUGGGCGCGGCUCCGCGGGGAAGAUGGCGGCGCCGCGGGAGCCGGGCCGGGACUCGGAGGCCGCGUUCGCGAAGCGGAUUGACCCGGCGCGGGAGCCGGAGCUGAGCGCGGAGCAGCGGCGCGUCACGCAGCGCGCGGAGGGGGCGCAGCGCCAGCGGGCCCUGCAGCGCCGGCUCCGGGGCCGCAACGUGCUGACGGGGCUGGGCAUCGGCGCGGUGGUGCUGGGCAUCUAUGGUUACACCUUCUACAAGAUCUCCCAGGAGCGAUUCCUGGAUGAGCUGGAGCAGGAGGUCAAGGCUGCCCAGGCUGCCAAGACCCCAGUGAACUGAGCCCCUGAGCAGGCUGGGGGUGCUCCCCGCUUGGGAUGGAUCCAGCUGGACCUGAGGCCUGUGCCAGGGACCCUCAGCAGCCCGACGCCUCUUGGGUUGCAUCUGCCUUUGACAUGCCAGGCACUCCCUAUGGUGGCUGAGUCCCCCUCGGUGGAAGGGGGGGUCCCUCUCCCCUGUGCCCAGUGGGGACCAGGCUCCUGUUAACUCCAGUUAAACCUUCCGGCUGCAGUUGCAGACUGUGGUGCAACAGCACCAGCUUUGUUUCCUGACAUGCUCAUCUGCUAUUCACCCCCUGCAGCAGGUGGGUCAGGACCUCAAUAAAUCUGUCUAAAUGAUUCA